AUGGGAGAAUCUGCUUUGAAGGUAGUUGUUGAGGAUGGAGAGUUUGUUCUAGAAAAACCAGAUGUCGUUUCUCAAUACAGUCGCGUAAUUGCAGUGUCUCCAUCUAAUUCUAUGUUAUCAGCCGGAUUAAAAGUAGGGGAUCUCGUAACUUCUGUUGGCAGGAUUCCUGUUAGUGGAUUAAAACUCGAUGAAUUGCAGGCCUUGAUUAAUGACUCUACCAGUUCCGGUGAAUUGAGACUGAAAGUAAUAGAGAAUGGAGGUGAAAUAUGUUGUUCUUUCACAGUGGAAGUUGGUAACAAAACUAUUUGUCAAACAAUUAAUACAGCUGAUGCACUCCCACCAGACAAAUCAGAACAUGAGAAUUUGCGAAUAAUACAUAGACAGGCAUAUCGUUCAUCUCCAGAUACUACGAGAUCACAACGCAAUUUUAAUCUAAAGAACAGUUCUCUUGAAAAACCUAACCCACAGAUAAAUUACAAACCCAAACACACUUCUGCUUAUUCUCCUGUUAUCGGUUCUUGCGGGUCUCAUUUAGGUGCAGUUGCAAGGCUGGCUAUCGAUGGUGGACUGACAACUGAUCAGUUGCUUCAAAUUGGAUGUUCAGAAACUAAUCAACUUGGACAUCAUUUACAUCAAUCGGCCACCAGCUUUAAUCAUAAACGUUUGGUGUCAGAUCCUAAACACAACUCUCUACACUCAAGGAAUACGAAUUUCUCAACUACGCAUCCUACGUCGCCACACCCUCACGUUUGUCGUAUUUCUCCCCGAGGGACUAGAAGACCUGUAUACUAUAGCUCUAGCCAAUCUGUUAACCUUGUUCGAAGUCCUGCCACAACUGCAGCACAUGACCGGUCACAUGUUACUGUUUCUCCUACUCGAACGGCUCAUUGCAAUCCUCAUUUAUCGCAGCGCUCCACAUCUCGUGAUAACCCACCAACGUCUCAUCUUAAUAGUGGUGGUCGUGUUUCGCUUGCUGCUCAGAUGACUCGUGUUGGUGGACUUGUAUUUGCAACUGGUUCACCAAAUCUUGUAUCAGAAAAUUCGGAUUCGAACCCGGUUGAAAAAAGUAUUGCUUCAGCCAAGCCCUAUCAGUCGGUAUCUGCUUGUACUUCUCCCACAAACGUAAAACAUACUGUAUCAUCUCAUUCACCAUCGGGUUCUUUUUUUUCAUGUUCAGAUGUUCCUAGUCCAACGAAUACCCCACCUUUAUCUUCUACAAAUGUUACAUCGAGUAUAGCAGCUACAGAUAUAGUUCGUUUGGGACCGGGUAAUAUUGUUACUCGAGCUCCAGCUGGUUCGGCUGUGUACAGUCCUUCAAGUUUGAUCCGAAUGCAUUGUUCUCCACAACCGUAUGUUGGAAUGGGGAUAACUGAAAGUUCUUAUGUUCCGGUAGUUUCCACGCUUACAAUCUCCAAUUUAAAUGUCCCUUCACCUGUAUUAUCUGAUGGAGAUGAUUCUUGUUUAUGUACAAAGCCCACUAUCAAUUCUGAACCAAAUAUUUCAACUACAUAUUCAGAUUUGGAGACAACUAGAACAUCGGAAUCAAUCUUCCCUUGUUCAACAUCCUCCCCAAGUCCUACAGAAAUGUCUCCAUCAAUAGUAAAUCGACCAGGAGCUAAGAAAAGUUAUGCGAAUCCUUCUCUACGGUCUUCAGCACCUGUGAAGUCAUCAUCCCAAUAUAUUCCUACUUCAGAUUGCCCUGUCGCUGAUUCCUUCCUACCUCAUCCUAAACCUUUGCAUCCUCACAAUGUACCAAGUUCACAAAUAGUUCGGACUGUUCGACAUCUUCGGCGUAUAAGACACAUUCUUGGUGAUCCUAUUGGCUAUACCAGUUCUGUAACAUCAGCAUCCACCAGUGCACUUGCAGAUGAAGAUAAAGAUGACUCUGUUAACUCUUCUAACGUUGGACAACUGCGAUCCCAUGGUUACUAUUCUGUUGAAUCAGUCAGACGACCCAGUUUAGUAUGCGAUUGUUCAGAUCAGACUACAAAUGUGAAUGACAGGAAAUCUGUAAAAAUUUCCAACUCUCAUACGCCAUCAUAUCCUGUAAUUGCAUCUCUUCAUUGGAAUGAUUCUAAGAUAGAGGAUUCUAAAAAGUCACUAGUUUGGUGUAAUUAUCAAAUGACGUUAUCAGGUCAAACACUGGUGUUAACACGAGCGAAUGAUUUUUCAAGUCAGAUAUCUACUCAUCACGCUGAUCUUGACGACAAUUCUUUUCACAUUCAUAUUCCGUUAUCUGGAGAAAGUAUAAUUUGGUAUUCACCUUCUGAGUUGCCCGGGAUAACACAUAUAUCUUUACCGUCGAAUUAUGAUUCAGAAACUGGGGUCAUUGGUGUGUUACACAGUUCAAGAUUAAACCUUACAUGUUAUCUUAAUUUUCCGGAUCGUCAGAUAGCGUCUAAUAUAUUUGAUCGUUAUGGACCAGGAAAAAUCAAUAAAGACUCUAAAGAGUCACAGAAACACUCCACAACCCAUUCGUCUCAAACUAGCUUACCAUCACAUGGAUUACGUCCCAAAUUUUCCUCAGGACGAUCUAGUCUUGGUCUUGCUGGACCUUCUGGUGUAGCGCCACUAUUUAAAGCAGUCGGAACUGCCGCAGCAUCAGUCGGCAUGCAGCUUAGCGAGUAUAUUAAUCUGCAAGGAUUAUUACCGUCGAAUAAACAGUCUACGAUUUCUGUCUCUUCUACACAAGAGCCUGCUCCAGCUGGGAAUGGCGAUAUUAACAAAUCACAAAGUGAUAAAACAUCAAAUAUUAACUCAUCUGAUCCGUCGAAUUUCAAUUCACAGCCGAGUAAAUCCAAAGAGCUUAAAUUUCUUCCUUCUCUUCCUCGAGGUCGUGGACGUUUACAUCAAGCACUUACUAGAAUGAAGCGUGCAGCUACAGCAUCUUGUGAUCCUACCAGCCAUUCAGGUUCUAAUGUAACAAGAAGAUUUGCUUCAUCUCACGGCUUUGGAAAAAAUAAAUCUAUUCCCAUAAGUUCUCCUAUUCAAGCAUCCAUUCAACAUAUGAAUUCUUCAAUUAAUUUAGAAAACAGUUUCAAUGCCUCAUCUCAGUUACAUAAUAAUCACAAUCAGCUAGCAUUAUUGAUGGCUACAUCAGUUUCACCAUCACCUUCGUUGCAAACUCCAUGUUUAACUUAUCUGCAGAUGGAAUGUAAUGAAUCAGUUCAUCCUAAUAUUGAUUCAUCUGACGGAUCCCAUGAAUAUUCAUACAAAGAACCUGGUCAUUAUAUUGAUAUACCAGUCAGCCAACAGUCUAGGAAAGAACAUAAAGCAACUAGGCAGCUUACUGUGUUAGUAUCGGAAACUGUAAAUCAAGACAUAAACUCAGAAGGCAAUGUAAUCCAAAGGAUUAGCAAUCGAAGUGAAUACACAUUAUUUGUUCAAUCCAAACAUCCUUUCAUACCGUUGCCUAUACAACUAAGUAAUCCUUUGCCAUUGCAUAAAUGUCCUAGAAGUACAUUAUCUCCUUUUGUUCCUUUUGUGGUAGAACUCUGCGUUACAUUGGUUGAACGUUAUGGUCUCAAUUGUAUCGGUAUUUAUCGUUUAUCUGGAAGCAAGGUAGCUCAUGACUUUAUUACUUCUGAAUUAAGCAAAGAUAUUACUACAAUCGAUGUCACAUCAGAUAAGUGGAAUGAUUUACAUGCUGUUUGUGGAGUUUUGAAAACAUUUCUACGCAAUCUACCAGACUCUCUUUUUCCUAAAGUUAUGUAUCCUGAUUUUUUGGCUGCAUGCCGUUUAUCACAACGUGAAAAACGUCUUCUGUCUAUUCAGCGUUUAUUAAGUAUCAUGGAAUGUUAUCCAUGUCAUCCGGAAUAUAGAGCACAUCGAGCUACACUGCGUUAUCUUGUUACUCAUUUAGCUCGUGUUAGUGCUCGUGAAGGAGUGAAUAGAAUGACAGCGUAUAAUUUAGCUUUAGUAUUUGCACCAAAUCUUGUACAACCAUGUGAAGAUUCACCUGAAUUAUUAAUGAGUGAUUCCAAAUACAAAAUUAUGCUUGUCGAAACUGUGAUUAAAUAUCAUGCAUGGAUAUUUUCACCAGAUUUAGGCUUAGAAAGUGGUUGUUCUGUUCCACCAGAUUCAACAGAAGAUUUAACCCCUGAAAUUGACGUUAAUAAUAAGAAUAAUUCUGCGAUAUGUGAUAAUUCAACUAUGGAUUCUGAAGAUUCAAUUCAACAACCAGGAAGAUUAGAAGGUGAUGUUCAACCGUUGGUCGCUGAAUUAUUAACUGCUGCUGCAAGUUUACCACCUCCACCAUCUGAUAUGGAUUUAGAAACAGCUGAAAUACCUGGACCAGAAUCUGAUCGACCUUCUGAUAUAAUUAUGUCUAGACCUCGUUUCACUUCAAUACCGACUAGUAAUUGGUCAUCUCCAGUAACAAGUAUUUCCAGAAUACCAUCUGGUGGCCUAAUUAAUGAGUUGACUACAACAACAGAAACUCUAUCCACAUUGAAAAUUAAAUCAGAUUUCACUGAAGAUCAAACAAUUGCAUCAGAUGUAGAACAAAAACUAACUGAACAAAAGUUAUCAAGUGUCACUAGUAGUUCAAACUUACGACCACUUCAGACUCCUCCUGGGUUCGGAACUAAACUGGAUAAUUUACGUCAUUUAAGUCAAGGAUGUUUAGAGGAAUAUAAAACAGAAGCACGUAAACUUGGUGUUCGUGUUGCAGAAAGUAGACGUGUACUGGAGAAUACUGUAGCACAACGUGUACAUGCAGAACAACGUUUAUUUGAAGCUAGAAUAGAAUGUUCAGAGUCAUUUGUAGUGACAUCGUUGAAACCUCAACAUGAAUUAUCUACAGAAUUAAUUGUUCAGUCACAAAAUUCCAAUAAUACUUCAACUUCAAUUCAUCCUACUCCUAUUACAACUGAUACAUUAGGAGAUGUGAUUAAUAGUGAAUUUAAAGAUGAAAAUUCGAGCAAUUCUGUUCAUCUUGAAUAA